AAUGAUAGAGUGAACAGUGAAAAUAAAACUAAAUGUUUAUGUAGAUAAACAAACAUUUGAUAAGAAAUGUGAUAACCUAUUAUUGUAGAGCGCUUUUGGUUUAUUACACAUACAUUUCUCGCCAGAUUUAUAGGGUAUAAGCUGAUAAUUGAACGCAUUUUUUCUUCGAAAUGUUGAGUGGGAAAUUAGCGCUUGUUACAGGCGGAGGGAGUGGAAUUGGGCGAGCGGUUUGUCUGUUGAUGGCAAGAGAAGGUGCUAAAGUUGUUGUUUCUGACUACGACUUCAAAACUGCAGAGAAAACUGUGUCACUCUUGACCGGGGAGGAGCAUAUGCCUCUACAGUUGGAUGUCAGCAACCCUACCCAAGUCGGCCAAGCCGUACCCACUAUCCUCGCCCGAUACUCGGCUCCGCCUACUGUCCUAGUCAAUUCAGCUGGGAUCACUCGGGAUGCCUUCCUUCUCAAGAUGUCCUUGGACCAGUUCACUCAGGUGCUGGAUGUUAAUGUGACCGGAACCUACACAAUGACGCAGGCUGUCUGCCAGGCUCUGGUCGCGGCUAAGAGUGGAGGUUCAGUGGUGAACAUCGCCAGCGUGGUGGGUCAGACCGGCAACAUGGGACAGUGUAACUACGCCGCCAGCAAGGCAGCGGUAGAGGCCUUCACCAAGACCGUGGCCAAGGAGAUGGGAACAUAUGGAAUACGAUGCAAUGCUGUCGUGCCAGGGUUCAUUCAGACUCCUAUGACGGAAAAGAUUCCUGAUAAAGUGAAGAAUAUGUUCACAGCACAAGUACCUCUGGGUCGUAUGGGAACUCCUGAAGAAGUAGCAGAGGUCAUUGUUUUCCUUGCCUCGGAUCGAUCAUCUUAUGUUAAUGGAGCUUCCUUCAAUGUUACGGGUGGAUUAUGAGUUCAAGGGUAAAAUAUGUUAAUUUGCAUUUGUUAUACGUGGUUUAUAUGUAUUUUAUUUUUAUAUGAAAAAAUAUAUUAUUCUAUUGUUU